AGGGUAUUGUUAAAAUGUCAAAUGUAUUAAAGCCAACUCUCUUGCUAUUGAUUUAAAACUAUCAAAGCGAUGUAAAUAAACAAAUAAAAUAAAUACUUGCCCAGACAAUCUUUUAAAAAGUUCUUAAGAUUUUCAAUUUCAUCUAAAUUAUAGUAUCCUGUGAGAUCUUAAUCUAUAUCGUUUGUUUUAUGUUCAUUUACAUAUAGAAUCAGGACUAACUGAUUAUAUUUCUCAAGAUGAUGUAUCAAAAGAUGACAUGACUAAGAAUUCAAUUCCUAGAUGCAGUAUUUUAAAAGAGGCUGCUUCUCAUCUUGAAGAUCUCAUGAUAGAAGUUAAUCACAGAACUUCCUCCUAUCAAGAAGAAGUUGGGAAUUAUCAAAAUUCUGAAAAUGCAGACAAUAAGGAUCAUUCCAGUGCAAUUAAGUCUCACAGUUCUGUUGAGGAAUCUUCUAAUAAUGAGAAAGCAGCUAAGAAAGGAGCCAACAAGCAGAAAAAUUAUUCAACUAAUAUGUGUGACCAACAGCAGCAAAAUAAUGAAAUACCUGGAGCAGCUGUAAGUGAAAAAAGUAUGACAAAAUUGAAUGGUGAUAAACCUACUACAGAACCCGUUUUAAAUGAAGUUCUUUCUAAAAGACCAAUGACAGCUGCAGAAAGGAAAAGAAAGAGCAGAGCAAAACAACGUGCUGAAGGAAAGUACCAGCAUAAACAAGAAAAAUGUCCUUGUGGAACUAAUAUGAAAACAAGAGAUAAAUUAAAAAUGGAAGUUGAUGCUCUUAUUCAAAGAAAGGAACUGCUGUCGUCACAGAUCACAUUGCUUCAAUCCCAAUCUCAGCAGGUAAAGCUAGGUUUUAUUGAAAAUGAUUCUGAGAAUGAAUUAUCAAAUAUUUCUACAAAUGGUUCCAGUAUAGAAUGUAGUCGAUCGAAAGGAAUUUCUUUUGUUAGUCAAACCAAAAUGAAGGGGGCUGUAUCAAUUGAUAAAGGUCAUGAAGUUAACAGUGCCAGAAAGUCAUUUUUUGUAAUAAAUGGAAUGUUGGAUGACUUUCAAGUUUUUGGAGAAUUUGUUGCUAGAGAAUUGCGGAAUCUCAGAAGUGAUUUCAACCGUCGAAGAUUAAAAAGAAUGAUACAGAAAGUGAUAAUAGAAGUCUCAGAAUCAGAUGAUUGAUGACGGAUUACUUGGAAUAUGAUUAACAUUUGUUGGACUAAUCAUUGAAGAUUAAGAACCACUGCAUCAUUUUCAAAAUAUUUAGCAGUGCUAAAAAUCUAGUGUGGAGGAUCAAAGUUAUAUGCCUCGUGACUGGCUCUUGGGGCUAUGUAACCAUUCCGAUAAUGAGAUGAUAGCUAGUAUCAAUGAUAAAGAUAAUUUAUUUAUGCCACAUUAUGUUGGAGUGCAUCAAAGUCUUUAGUCAUCAGGGAUAUAUCGGUGAAGCCAAUAAAUGAGGAUGAAGUAGUGAUAUUUUUCCUUACACUUUUUGACUCAGUCUUAGAGAAUCUCUCGUUCAAUCAAGACCUCAAGUGUGCAUUUCUGUCUCUAUAUAUUCAUCUAAUAGUUAUCCAUAGACAUUCUGGUUAAAAAUCUCCACAUUUAUUUAAUAUGGCAUCCAGAAAAUUCCAUAGAGUUAACAGUAAAACAUGAUUCCAUAGAGUUAACAGUAAAACAUGCAGUAAAUCGGUGGCGCGAGAGGAGAAGAACAAAUUAGCCUAUACAGUAUGUACAAAUAUAUUUCAUGCUAAAUGCAUCAAAAUUGAUAGUGACUCAGAAGGCCUAAAAGAAAUUAAUAAAAAAUGGAUAUGCCCCGAUUGCGCUUCUGAGCCUACAAUGAUUGACCUAUUGAAGGCCCUGACCGAGGAAGUUAAGCAGAUGAAGACCAAGCUUCAGGGCAUCGACGAAUUAAAGGAAAUAAAAGACUGCCUCAACAAACUGUCGGAACUGUCUUUUGAAAAUAUGGAAAAGCUGUUAAAGAUAGAAACCCUGCUGGAAGAACAGAAAAAACACGUCAAAAAAUUGUCUAUCGAAAACACCACCUUAAAGAAAAAAAUAUCGGAGCUGGAAAUUCAGUUAAAUUAUACUUAGCAAUAUCAGUUAAGAAACAGUCGAAAUUCGAGGAAUUCCAGAAAAGCCGGGUGAGACUGUGACUGGGACCAUCCUUAGCGUCGGAGUGGGUCUGGGCAUCAAGUUAAGUCCAGACGAUCUGGAUCAUGUAGUGAGGCUCAAACCGAAGCAGGAAGGGACUCCCGGCCAUUAUUGCUCGCUUCGUUAGGCAAACUACAAGAGAUGAACUGCUGCAGCAGAGAAGAACGAAAAGAGACUUCUCUACACGCCAUCUGGGCUGGGGGGACAACAAUUCGCACCGGGUUUACGUGAGCGAAGCAAUGACCCCCGCCAAUAAACAUCUAUACUGGUUAGCCAAACAAAAAAAGAUGACAGCAAAGAUAAAAUACCUGUGGUUCAGUGGUGGUAAAAUUUGAUGCAGACAGUCAGAUGGAUGUCCGGCGGUAGUUAUAGGGAAAGCUAGUGACUUGGACGUUUUUAUAUGAAUUUUGUAUGUAAGUCUCCCAAAAUUUGAAUCAAUUUUAGUCUUUCCUAUCAAAAAAUUUUUAUUUUAAUUUUUGUAAGCUACCUUCUUCAUUAUCGUUGUGGAGCCACUGGUAGUGAGUAAUUGAUAGUGGAGCCAUUGCUAGACAAAACCAAAGGGGGCUGAGACAGUCUCCCUGGUAUAUACCUCUCAAAAUUUUAAUGUACUCCUGAGGGUUGAUUGCUGCUCAUGUCCUAUCCUCAAUCUAGUUGUCCAGCAGUUCAUCAAUUUCUUCAGAAGUUCAGUUAAACAUGGAUGAACUUUAUACAAUUCUAAUACUUUUAAAAGCCAAUUGUGAGGGACCGAGUAAAAUGCCUUUCUGUGAUCAAUCCAUGCUAUUGACAAAUUUCUUUUAUUCGUAGUCGUUUGGCCUGUAACAAACGAGUCUAUGAGCAACAGCUUCUUACAGCCUUGUGCUUCUUUCCUACAACCAAGUUGCUCUGUUGGGAUGAAAUUAUUGGAUCUUAGGUGACAUUCAAUCUUAUUUGAUAGAAUGGAUGUUAAAAUCUUAAAAACUCCGUUGCGACAAGUAAUUGGCCUGAAGUCUUGUGGUUCCAAUAGGUCUCCCUGUUUUUUAGGAAUUAGAACGGUAACACCCUGACAGAAUGUGUUAGGAAUGUCUAUUUGUCCUCUCAUAAUUUUUUUAUAGUUCAUCGCAAGUAUUUCAUGCAAACAGAUUAGGUUUUUCAACCAAUAAUUUUGAAUUUUAUCACUGCCCAGAGCUUUCCAAUUUUUCAUUUUCUUUGUAGCGAUGACUACUUCUUCUGUUGAAAUAUCAAAAUCAGGCAUUUGAGGUGCCUCCUGAAGUUCCCUGUUCACUGAUUUUAGCCAGUCUAUUUCGUCAUUGUGAUCUACAUUGUCCUCCCAAAGCCUCUUCCAAUAGUCAAUUAUAUUAUCGGUUAACAAGCAAUUUACACCUCCUUUUUUAUUUUCAUCCAAGUUCCGAUGGAACUGCUUCUCACUGUUUGUGAAUCUUUUAUUCUGCUGUUUACGGAGCAUCAAGGUUUUAUAGCGCCGUAUUCUGUUUGCGUGAACUGCAAGUUUUUGCUUUAGGAGAUCAGCAUGUAAAGCAAGUUUUUCGGUGAGCUCAGAUUCUAACACCAUUCCUAUUUGUAGUACAACUAUUUCAUCAAUCCUUCUUUUUAGUUUUUUACUUGCUCCAGCCGGAUUUCUAAUAUAGCUUGUAAUUACCCCAAUGCUUGACCUUAGCGAAGCUAUUUUAUUCUCUAAUCUUCUCUGCCAACGUGGGGGUUUCAUAUUGCCAUUAUCUUUCUUUGGUUUAUCAUCUCCUAAACCUAGUUCGAUAAUAACGACUCUAGCUGCAACAUAAGCCCAAUGACUAACAGCUUCAAUGUCCAUUUCAGGGUAGUCAAUAAUAAGUUUACUUAAAGCUUCAUUAACGUUUUUCACAAUCAUACGGGAUCUAAAUUUGUAAGGAAUCCUUGAUAGGGUGGGUCUAACAUCAUGUGGUAUUCCUUCAUAAAGCAUAUGCUGGGAUAACAGUGACAGAAUCAGUUUUUGUACCUCUUUGUCUUCUUCUGAAGAAACUGCCUCCAUCGCCAAUGAUCUUUCUAUGAGCUAUAAUAUCAGUUGGUCGCUCUUCAUUCUCAGCAGCUAUUAUCCCUAGUCGUUCUUAUAUGAUUGCUUUUAUAUUAUCCAUUUUCACUGCGGUGAGAAAUUUUCUCGACCGGAUUACUCUAACCUGAUCACUGAGUCUUUGUGUACUUAUAGUCAUCUGUGGAUAUAAUUCUUGCCAAUACUGUUGAAUCCUGCUGAGGUAUCCUGUCUUGUCUGUUUCUAAUUGUGUUGGCAAAAGAUAUGCCUGGAUGACUGCCUUGUUCAUUUCUGGCGUCCAUUUCAUCCUUCGAGCACCUCUUGGUCUCUGUUGCCGGGUUCGUGCGGGAAGAGAAAUGAUCUCGCCCAAGCCCGAACUCGAACUAGUUGCCGGUUCUUGCAGUCUUGUGGUCCAUUGCGACAGGAUGGCGCCACUUGCUCCGCCAUUACCUGAAGGAAGCUGUCAAAGGUUCCCGCCUGGUGCAGCUUCAUUCCCAGGCUCGUCCGAGGCUAUACAUCGAUUUCUUAGCUCCAUUUUUGAUGGGUGAUUGCAUUUUAAACCUUCUUUCAGGCCUUCCUAGGUAAGGUUGCCAUAAGGUGUGUACUGAAAAUGCCCUAGUGUCGGUGUUUGUGUUAUUAUUAUUAUUAAUGGUGUUUAUCACUGUGAAGCAAUAGUUUAAAUAAGGUUCUAUGUUCAUACUAUAUAUUUAGUAUUGAAAGGAUCAAUCAAAAUAUCUUUAGCCAAAACUUUAAUUGCUAAAUCAAAAGCGAUUAAUAGUUCACUAGGGAGUGAUAUUCUUUCUUUAAGAAUGGCUGAAAUAUAACACUUUUUUUACAAGAAAAUGCUGUAAGAAUAUUUUCAGAAACUGCAGUGAAAUAUAUUUUACAUAAAUUGUGAUAAAAUUGAGAGCCUGAGAGAUAUAAAAAAACUAUAAUGAUUCUGAGAUGCAAAAUAAUUGGAGAAGUUCUCAAACCAAUUACUAUGAUUUUGUAAAAAGUAAAAAAAAUAUUGAAAUUUUCCUCUGUUUCACUUGUAUUACUGUACUAUCAUGUUAUUGGGACAUCGGUUACCUCUGAAAGCAUUUUUUUUUUAACAGCUAAGUUGAUGUUGAAUGAAAAAUUAUCUCAAUUGAAGCAAAAUUAAUCACCUUCUUUUUGCUUCCUCACUACCGAAAAUAGGGAAGCAUUGUAUUUGUGCGAGAGGUUCAAAAAAUGGUUGUUCUCAGAAUCAAAAAUUUCCACUCGCAUUUUGCCUUUCAGAAUAUUUCAGUAAUGGCUCAUUCAAAUAGGCUCAAAAUUAGAUGCUGUAUGUUGUAAAAAAAAAUAAUUUAGCAUCAAUUUUAUUGAAUUCUGUCCAAUAAUUUCUCUUAUAUAUGGGCCGUGUUUUCCUUGAUUGGUCUAUAUCUCUAAAACCGCACAUUCGAUUUGGCUCAAAUUCGGAGGAAAGUUAGGGAUUGUUCAACAGAUAAUCAAGUACAUAUGAAUUUUAUCAAAUUCUAUCCACUACUUAAAAAAAAAAAUACUUCCACUUUCAGAUCAGUAAAUGUAUUAUUUGACUCGUCUCCAUAGUUUAAAAACUGCACGUUUGAUUUUACUCAAACCUGUAGGAAAUUUGAAGAAUAGUAAAGAAAAGACCUUGUAUCAAUUUCAUUUAAUAAUUAAAAUUAGUAUAAAUAGUUGUAAACAAUAUAAUGGCUGUGAAAUGUGGAAGGAAAUGUGGAUCAAUUGGAGUGGGAGUUAGGAUAAGACAAUAUCUUUAUGGGGUUAUUAAAUUUUAGGUUUUAUUCAAAAAGUUAAUUUUUAUUGUAUUGUUUAGUUGAUUCCAAACGUUAUUGACAUGACACUUAUGCUGUUACUUAGAUUUUAUGUUAUUUUCAGUUAAUUUAAAUUAAUUUUUACUCUUGAGUUGUUUUUUUUUUUAGUCUUACUUAUGAUUGUGUUUGUUGCUGUUGAAGUACAACCAGCUCGUUGUGUUUCUUUAAAAACAUAUAGUAUUUUUAAGUUACAAAUGUAGAUACAGAGAUUAUUUAUUUUUUAUGUUAACAAUAAUUUAACUUGAUUUGUGUGCAGUAAUAGGUAAUAAUAUACUUACUGGUACUGGUGGGGAAACUAAUUUGGCAAGUGGGCCGUAUUUGCCAACCACUGAGAAAUGAAAAAAGAAAUUGCUUUUUAUAUUAUAACAAUUUUUAGCUGAAUUUAUGAUUGUAUUUAUAACAAUUGUUUGUAUUUAUUAUUAAAAAGGAAAGUAUAUGUAACAUAACAAUAAAUAUGUAAAACAAUGAAGUGUGCCGUAAGUAGAGGGAAAUAUUUAAACGUGUGAUAAUAGUCCUUCAGAGCUACAUAAAAGUUCAAGUAAACAUUGAUCCCCUUUUCGGCUGAAAAGUAAAUUUUACGACUAUAAUCAUUCAUUUCGUCACUUGUAAAUACGGAUCAAUUUCUUUAAUAGAGAUCUUAGUGAAAACUACAUUUUCAUUAUCACGUUAGAUGAUGAAUAAUCGAAAAAAUCAUUAUUUAUUUUUUAAAUAAAAAGUGUGUUUAUGCAUUUAUAUUUAUUAUUAUAUGGUUAACAAAAAAAAAAAAAAUUAAAGCUUUGCAACAAUUUAUUUUAGUCAUUUUUGCUGAAAACAUAGAUACUUUUAAGUGACAAGAUAUAAAAUCACAAUUUGUGUUCCAGAAAUUGAGGCAAAUCUAAAGUUUUUGCCUAAUGAACCUCAACUUAAUUAAUAUGGAUUUUUUAAAUCUUUAUAUUAAAGCUUAUUAAACAAAAAAGUUUUUCUGAAACUGGGAUAUCUGUAGUAUAGUUAAAUAACGAUAAAAUAAAUCAGGUGCGGUGCGCACAUCACACAACUUUCACUUACUAUCUUUAUAGAAGAAAUAGGUAUUAUCUGACAAAGUGAAAAGAAAGUAAAAACCACAGAUAUUUAAUCAAUAAAAAAAAAUAAAUAAAAACUACAGUACAAAAUAUUUUACCAUAUGCUUUUCACAGCCAUCUAAUGUAAUAUACUUCUUUUUUUUCACUAAUCAUUGCCUUCAACGAUUGUAUAUUUUAAUUAUUUAUUUUAUUAUAAUACAUAAUCAGGUAUAGCAUCCUGUUACUCUCUAGGAGGUUACUUCUUUAGAUAAUUAUCAAAUUCUUUCAUAUUUUAUAUUUAACCAUUUUUCAUAUCAGAUUCCUAUGUGAAAUGAUUAAUUAUUUCAAAUAAAAAUAAAUCAAAGGUUCUUCAGAGGAAGAAAUGUUUAAAAUUAGACAUUUAAGCCCUGAUAGAGAACAUCAAUUCGAAUAAGACCUACAUUACAUUAAAAAAAGUUUAAUUUUACUCUGAUGUGAUGAAUUUAACCAAAAUUGUUGGCGCCAUUUUCGAGAACAUUUUAAAAAUGUGUAAAUUCGAUGAUGUAAAGUUGCUCUUUUGGCUAGCCAAUUUCGACGAAAGAUAUUUAAGUUUUUGAAUACCUUAAAAAGGCAAUUUCAGUUGCGUAUGACUUUGUUUUGAGCUAGAUUGUUCACAUACAUAUACACACAGACCAUUUUGCAAGGACUAUGUUAUUUGGACUCAGGGGACCUCAAAACAUGCAUUUUCCUUAAAAACUCAGAUUAGAAAACUUUCACUAUCGCUAUCCUUUUCCUUACUAUAUAUUACAUAUAUAAGUAAAUGAAAGUAAAAAUAGUGAAUAAUUUAUGAUUUUUUAUAAACUUUGCUUAGUUCAGCUGCUCAAAAGUCCUCUUUAAUAGAUUUUAACAAUGACAAACUAUUUUAACUUUAAGUAAAAUUUGCCUAUAUUACUGUGAAGAAUUGUUAAUUACUUAACUUAAAUAUUUCUUUAGUUAUCACUACCUAUUCACCAAACCCCAUUACACUUAAAAAAACACACAAAACUCAAAUUAACUACUUUUCUGUUGAAAAUCGGACCAAUAUUUAUAUAAACUUUUGAGUUCUGGUAUCACUCCUAUAAAUAUUUCCCUCUACUUAUGGGACACUAAAUUAAUUGUUCAUAUGUAUGAAAUUAAAGAUAAAUUUUUAGUUGUUUUUAAAUUAUUAAUGUAUUUUAUACACUUGUAUAUAAAAUAAAUCAUGUUACAUCAUUUAGCUUAAGUUUAAUUAUAAUAUUUCCUCUC